AAUGUCAUCAGAAAGAGCCGCGACAGAAGCAACGUGUUUGGAAAGUGAAACAGGCACUAUACUGUGAACGUUAUGCAAUUGUAUAAAUAUCUGUGGGACGCUGUAUGCAAAUGGCUUGUUAUUUCCGAAGGGCAAUAGCAUCGCAGCUCUCCCGGGUUUUGGGACCACCAGAGGAGACGUUUAUUACAGCAGUGUCAGCUGUCCCUGUCUCCAAAAAACGGCAAUCUGCUGACUUCCGAGUGUCCGUGAGCUCCCUCAUAGAGAACGGCUGUAUCGAGUCCUCAGCAGAUAUCCAGGCUCAAACAGCAGAGCUGGCUCACCAGCUGAAAUGUGACACUGUGGUGGAUGAGAUUGGCGUUGGCCACGGAACAAUACAUUUUAAAAUAAACAGAAGUCUCCUGGCAGAAAGAGUUCUGCAGAAAGUCUUUAACGAUGGUCCACAUUUUGGGGUCAAAAGUGAACUUUUCCAUCAGCGUCCGAAAGGAAGAACUGUGGUGGAAUUUAGCUCACCGAAUAUUGCGAAAAAAUUUCAUGUGGGCCACUUACGCUCCACUAUCAUUGGUAACUUCAUAGCUAACCUAAAAGAAGCUCUGGGCAAUUCUGUAACAAGGAUCAAUUAUCUUGGUGACUGGGGCAUGCAGUUUGGUUUGCUGGGAGCUGGCUUUCAGCAGUUUGGCUCAGAAGAACAGUUGAAAGCAAAUCCCCUACAGCACCUUUUUGAUGUCUAUGUGCAAGUCAAUAAGGCAGCUGAAGACGAUGAGAAUGUAAAGAAUAAUGCACAGGAAUUCUUUAGGAGGCUUGAAAAUGGGAACAGCCAGGCUUUAUCACUCUGGCGACACUUCAGAGAAAUCAGUAUUGAAGAGUAUGCAAGAAUCUACAAGCGUCUAGGUGUGCACUUUGGGCAGUACUCUGGAGAAUCUCUAUACCGGGGGAAAUCUCAGGAGGUGUUAAACCAGCUGGAAGCGCAGGGACUCCUGAAGAAAACCGAGAGAGGUACUGGUGUGGUUGAUCUCUCCCCAGCCAGCAACAUGUCGUUCUAUGUCACUGUGGUGCGAAGUGAUGGGACGUCUCUUUACAUAACCAGGGAUAUUGCAGCUGCUAUUGAUCGAAUGAAUGCAUGGAAUUUUGACGAGAUGAUUUAUGUGACGGAUAAAGGUCAGCAAACUCAUUUCCAGCAGCUGUUUCAAGUCCUGAAGGUGAUGGGAUAUCAGUGGGCUGAACGCUGCCAGCAUGUCCCCUUUGGGCUGGUUGAAGGGAUGAAGACCCGGAGAGGUGAUGUUGUCUUCCUGGAGGAUGUGUUAGAGGAGGCUCGCUCCAGAAUGCUGCAAAACAUGAGCCUCUCCACAACAACCAAAGACUUGGAGGACCCAGAAGACACUGCAGAAAAGGUGGGAAUCAGCGCCCUUAUUAUCCAGGAUUUUAAAGGACCUCUUCUCUCUGAUUACAAGUUUGACUGGGACAGGGUACUGCAAAGCCAAGGAGAUACAGGGGUGUUCUUGCAGUACACACACGCCAGACUGUGCAGUUUGGAGCGCCUGUGCGGGGCUGGAGGUGGGGAUGAGAAGUCUCUCAGAGCAGCUUGUUUGCAGGAUCCUCCCGCUACGGCAAUACUACAGCACCUUCUCCGGUAUGAUGAGGUGCUGUACCAGUCCUCUAAAGACCUUCAGCCCAAACACCUUGUCAACUUUCUCUUAACACUCUGUCACCUGGCAGCUGUUGCUCAUAAAACUCUACCUGUGAAGGGCAGCUCCUCUGAAGUAGCACAGGCGAGACUGCAGCUGUUCAAGGGUACCUGUGGUGUUCUGGCCAAUGGUAUGAGACUCCUCGGCAUUACACCGGUUGAGAAGAUGUGAACCAGAGAUGCCAGUUUCAAGUUCAGUCAUUUAAACCCAGUUUUACAAAUGGGAGGAAGCACGUUGCCUUUAUGAAGACCUUACAAUAUGUAGCACGUUCAAAAAAUAUCUCAGGAGUAAAGAAUAAGUUGUGUAGGACUUACUUUACCCCAGUGAAUUAACUACAAAACAAAGGAUGCCAAAUAGCAGUUCAAGUUAAACGUUGUUUUGUUUAUUCCCAAAAUAAAUAGUACGUAAAGUUGACAA